AUGAGUGCCUCUUAUGCGGAGGGCACAGCACCCUUUUCGCACCCAAGCCUGCCAAAAGUCUGCGAGACAUGGUACAAGGUAUUCGGGGACCUCAAAUCCUCCUCAACCGGACGGCCUCUCGUCAUCCUUCAUGGAGGCCCCGGUAUGGGCCACAAUUAUUUGUCGAACCUCCAACGCCUUUCGCAAGAAUAUGGCAUCCCCGUGGUAUUCUAUGACCAGUUAGGCUGCGGCCGCUCAACACAUCUCCGGGAAAAGAGACUUGACACAGACUUCUGGGUGCCUGGACUAUUCAUGGCAGAAUUAGACAAUCUGUUGAAGCAUCUCGACAUCUCAGAGUUUGACUUGCUGGGGCAAAGCUGGGGGGGCAUGUUAGGUUCUAUGUUUGCGAUCCGGGGGCACACAGGCCUCAAAAGACUUAUUAUCUCAAACUCCCCAGCAUCCAUGAAACUGUGGGUGGAGUCAUGCAACCAGUGGCGGAGAGAACUUCCUGAAAACGUCGACAAUGCCUUGACCAAACAUGAGGAGAGUGAAACAUACGACGAUCCAGAGUACAAAUGGGCAGUGGAAGAAUUCUAUAAACGACACGUUUGCAUGAUCUUCCCUUUUCCCGAGGACCUCUUGGACACAUUUGCAAAUGUGGAGGAAGAUGAUACAGUAUACAUGACCAUGAACGGACCCAGCGAGUACGUUGCCUGGACCCUUACACAAGUUUCCGGUACUGGAAGAAUGCAUUGUCGUCAGAGUUCCUCCCUAUCUGCAAUCCACUAA